UGGCCGCUGUCAAAAGGAGAUCAUUUUGUUACAAGAGCGCACCAUGGAGGAUGAGAUUCAGGCCGGCGAGGACGGCCUCUACUGCGUCGGCUUCAAAAACGUGUAUGCGCUGACGCGCGAUGAGAUCUUGGAGGCGCUGUCGCAGUACGGCCGCACGCGCUCCGUGCGCGGCUCGUGCGACGGUCUCAAGCGCAGCUGGACGUUUGUGCGUUUCUCCAACCCGGAGGAGGCGGUGCGCGCCAUCACGGGCCUUCGCUCCUCGCCGCACCUCUGUGACGUCAACUACGUGAAGUACGUGCAGGACCGGCUCCCGCCGGCCAGCCAGGCGGGCGUAUCGCCGCUGGUGCGCGCCGAGCCGGUGCCGGAGCUCUCGCCGGUGCGGCCGCCGGCGCCGGCCGCGGCGCCGCCCACCGGCACCCGGCACGGCCACCACGAGGUUUUCAUCGGCAACUGGCCGCACGACCUCGAGCGCGACGACGUGUUCCAGCUGUGCGCCAAGUACAACGUCGAUGCGGUGGACGUGCGCCUCUACAAGAAGGAGUUGAAGUGCUAUGCGUUCGUGGUGGUCUCCAGCGCCGAGGACGUGCGCCGAGCCAUCGAGCUGCUCGACGGCGGCAAGGUGGCCGGACGGCAGAUCGUGGUCAAGGAUUCACGCAACAGCCUCGCCAAGCAGGAGCCGGCAGCGCAGCCACAGGAGCAGAAGCCGGUGCCGCCCCGCAUCCCCGCCGCUGGUGAUGCCCGGCCCUGA